AUGGUACACCAGAGCAAGACCGCGGCCGUGGCGCUGUUCCUGAUCGCCGCGGUGGUGGCGGCCGCGUCGGUGCCGGCGGCGAGCGCGUUCGGCUGCUACGACGACUGCUACGAGCGCUGCGCCAACGGCAAGCAGGACCCUGCCUGCGUCAAGAUGUGCAACGAGGCCUGCGGCGGCAUCGGGAACACGGUCCUCGGAGGGGCCGCCGCCGUGGCCGGUGCAGGGGCCGCCGUCGUCGGCGCGGGAGCCAACGUCGUAGGCGCCGGGGCGAGUGCCGUCGGUGCCGGGGCGAGUGCAGUCGCCGGCGGGGCCGCCGCGCCCACUGCAUGA